UUUUCUAAAGCUAUUAAAUAUUUUAUCAGCGAUCUGUCAGUCACCAUGCCAAAAUGGAGGUACGUGUGUAUACCCGGAUGUGUGUGUAUGCACCAGUACACAUACAGGACACAGUUGUGAGACUCCUUUAUGUUCCUACCAAUCGCCCUGCUUCCCCGGCACGUGUAAUAACUCAGUAGAUUGUCAAUGUCAUCAAGGGUUUACUGGGAGGGAUGGAAAUCAACGCUGUAAAACAAUGACGUCAGAGAUGAGUCCAAUUAUAACGCAGUGUACCUCCAUUCUCGCUUAUGUUGAAAGAACUGGUAAGAGGAGGGAACUGUACCGAUUUGUAACCGAUUCCUCUGAACCAAACUCUACAAAAGUAGAUACAAUGUGGGUAAACCAAAAUUAUUACAACUACAUCAACGUCACAUUUGCGGCCAUUUCUUCGGCACCAGACAACGUAGCCGUUCCUAAAUAUGUAAAACAGUUUAAAAUGGGAAUCAUUUCCGGAAGAAUAAACCUUAUUCAUCACAAAGUUGGAAGAAGAGAUAAAGACAAACCAUUUAUUAGUCGAAAUGAUACCAUCGACUGUGAAAGCAAGCCGGGACCCCUCAGCCCAAACGAUGAUGUAUUUCACUGUAACUACACGGAUGUUAACUUUUACAGACAGCUAGAAAAUGGAGACAAUUUAACCCUGACGGUUUUUACUGAGAACGGGGGCUUUAGAGAAUUAAUAGGGUCAUCUGUAAACAAAGACUUUUUUAUCGGCCGGAUGUCCACAAAAUCUACAAUGUUCCGGUUUGAUUUGGUGAAGCCAUAUCAUUGUCUACUAGACGGGGCAUGUCAGACAACAGCUUUUGAUGUAUCAGAGGAUAUAACAAAGUCACCUUUGGAAUUAUCAUGGCAAAACUGGGAAGAUGAGCUUUCUGGAAUCCAAGAAUACAAAAUACAGGUGUAUCAGCUGAAGUUCAACACAAGCAACCUAGCAGAACCGAAUCCCUGGCGUCCAGAUGAGGAAAUAUCCCUGACGCCAUUGAAAACAAGUUACACCUAUACCCCUAAGAGGGCAGGGAUGUAUUCCUUGGUACUUAAUGUAAUAGAUAAAGCCAACAAUACACAGCACGCCCGCACCUUGGUCUUAUAUGACCCUGGCUCAAAUAUUACUUUGUCUAAACUACCAUUCAAAGCAGAAAGUGCAGCAUCUGAAACUAACUAUCAGUGGCAGAAUAAUCUCAGCAACAACAUUAUUAUGUCGUGGAAAGGACACUUCCAAAACAAAUUUCAUGACGACAAUAAACUUUUAAAUCCAGUAACACAUUAUAGACAUUUCGAUUAUGAAGCAAGAUAUGAAAAACAAGUUCCAUACCAACUUGAUGAUAACUCAGGGAAACGAACACUUGCGGAGAUCCGGAAUGUUCACGGCAUCGUGAAAUUUGAAUAUUUCUACAGACAUGGCAAUCAGGGAGACAAAACCCCACAGACCUGGUAUAGGGUGAAUGAUACAUUUUCUGAAACACAGACAUUCAACAUUGAAAGAAAAGAUGGCGAUACCAUUAAUUUCUGGGCCAAAGCCACUGACAUCAUGGGGAAUACGAAAGUCGACUUGUCAAAGAUUUUCUUCGAUUCAAGCUCACCAAAGAGUUUAAAACCCUCUGAUGUUACAUUUACAAAGAAUGUCAAAAAUGCCACCUUCGCCUUCUCCAGUCGCCUACAGGUAGAGGCGUUUGACAGACAGAGUGGUAUACAUAAAAUACACGUAGAACUAAGAUCUAACAGUACUAACAAAUUAUUCCAUGAAAGCGAUAUUCCAGGAAAUAAAACAGAGGUGGAUCCUGGAUUUAAGACCGGAUACACGACGUCCGUAGGAAGCUUCUUUUAUUACCGUCAUGAUGUGGACAUCAAUAACUGCUGGAUGGUUGUGUCGAAGGAAAAAUUCGCCCAGGAAUUUGUCUUACUAAAUCUUACUGUUUACAACAUGGCAAUGUUACCAACUUCCUACAUCCAGACCAUUACAGAUGUAGCUUCCCUAAACGGCAUGGAUGAAUACUCUGGUCCAAUAAAUUUAACUAUAACUGCAACCUAUGACAACGGCGUUCGUCUGAAUUGGAUCGUACCUCCAACUUGUUACGAGAGGUCAAAGGUUAUAGUACAGUUCCGGUCAUCCAGUGGUCAAGUUAACGUCCGGUUUGUAGAUAAGGACGCCGACUGGUUUGAUUUGACAGGACUGGAUCCAGAAACGAGUUACAAACUGUCCUUCGUCACAGAAUAUGGUCCUCAGAGGAGUGACCCUGUAUUCCUACACUUCAAAACAGCCGAGGCACCAGCUGCUCUGACCGGGGGAGCAAUAGCAGGAAUUUCUCUUACAUUUUUAAUCAUGUUGGGGGUGAUUGCCACCAUGUUCGUUCUGUGGCGCCUUGGACGUUUAACUGUUGUAAGAGAAAACAUUCAACACAGAGUAACAGUGGUCAGAAAGAACAUCGCAAAUAGAUUGACAGCCCAUAAUCCUGGCUAUGAUUGUGAUGAUAUAUACGUAUUUGGUCAAAUGGAUUUCAAUAAAACAGACAAUUGGAUAUUACCCAGUUCCGAAAUUGUGCUGGAUGCCAUGUUAACGAAUGGAAGAUUUGCAGACAUCUAUAAAGCUAGACAAAUAGUCGUAGCAAAGACUUUGAAAAGUGGCUACAGCGAAGAAAACGUGCUAAUGAUGAAAGCAAAGAUCAACUUUUUUGGGAAAGAAGUUGGAGAACACCCAAAUAUUAUCCAUUUCCUGGGCGCUGUCGUUGAUAAUGAAGCAUUUGGACCAUUCAUGGUUCUAGAAUACUGUGAGAAAGGACAACUUCGAGAUUGGUUGUUACAGAAGAAAAAUGCCUGGGCAGAAGACACUGAAGAACAACUACAUCGUAUUGUAUACGGAAUCUCUAAGGGAAUGGCAUUCCUCGAAUCCAGAAAGCUUGUGCACAAAAGACUUGCUGCACGAAAUAUUCUGUUGACUGAAGAUCUGGAGCCUAAGAUCUAUGGAUUCGGACCUGAACCACCGCAACAACAGGGCAACGAGGAAGAAAAGGAUGCAACAUCUGACGAAAAGGUUAAAGACCAGUAGCUUC